AUGAUGAACAAGGAAUGCUUUCGGGUUUUCAAGGAGUAUUUUAAUCAUGCAUGUUCGAGCUCUGGGGAAUCUCAUGACAAUCUUCCCUAUCGUGAUCAGGACAUGCUAAAAAUUGGGUAUGAAAGAUACAAUGCCGAAAAUAAUGGAAAACCUUUGGAUGGUUAUGUAUGUCUUGUAGAAGAACUCCGAAAGGUUAGUAGACAGAGGGUAGCAUUCUUGCGAAACUGGUUGCUGGAAAUUGCUCACCAGUACUUGUCGGUUCAGGUUCGACCCGAGAAAAGGUUAGCUUGA